UUGACUUGGGAUAACACUGCUGGAAGCUGCUGGGGAACUUCAGGAAUGGCGAAAGACAUGCAACUGCAUCCUGGGAAAAUACUGAUGCAAACAACAUCCCCACAUGCACUUUAUCAUUACUAAAUGCACGUUUGUGGAGUGGAUCAUCUCUAUAGGAGAGUGUUUGUCUACAGGCAGAACGAUGAUCGCGUGAUUUAUGUUAUUCAAAGACUCGUCGCUAAACUUUUUGCCGCUAACUUGCUCUUCUCUCCAUCUUUUAUUUUCCAAGUGCCUGUUAUCUUUAAUCGUGUGUAGUUGGAUGCACAAGGUCAAAUUUAGGGUUUUGGACUGUAGAUCGACACACCUGCUCCUGGUGAAGUUUGGUGAUUAAAACAUCUGGAAUAUCUUCCACUUUUUUGGAUUAAAAAUGAAAGUGACAGUGACUUUUGGAAGGACUGGUCUGGUUGUUCCAUGUAAGGAAGGGUGGACUGUUCGGGAUCUCAUCCAACAAGCAACCCAGAGAUACAGAAAACUGCUGGAGCAGGAGGGCGAUUUCCUGGUACGAACCCACCAUGUUGAGUACUGUGACGGGGGAAUUCUGGACCCUGAUGAUGUGCUAACAGACCUGGUGGAAGACAAGGACAGGUUGAUAGCCGUGUACGAGGAACAGGAAGCCCAGCAAAGAAACGCUGUGAGUCCCGGGAACGGCCCAGGUAGCUGCACCCCAGAACCGUACGACUCUGAACUCGCCUGCUUCCAGCCAAUCAAAGGAGGAGAAAUCGAAGUCAACUCCUCUGCCCUCAAAUCCAGUACUCCUUUGUUGGUACGGAGCAGCAGUGAGUCUGCCCUGGCACCCCCUCAGAUGGAGGAUCUGAACAGCAGAACCAUGGGAAUGCGCAUUCAGACAGAUCUGAGCUUUUCUGGCGAGGUGUCCGGGUGCAAGGAUGCAAACUUUCUCAGCAGCCUCACAAAGACAGUGGAGAUUUCAGGAGAACAAGGGCCUUUAGGAAUACACGUGGUGCCGUACUGUUCGUCUCUCAGCGGAAGGCCUCUUGGCUUGCACAUCCGAGGCGUGGAGGAGAACAGUCGCUCCAAAAGGGAAGGAAUCUUUCAGGAUGAUGAGUGUAUUGUUAAAAUCAAUGACUCUGAAUUAUUGGACAAAACCUUUUCACAGGCACAGGAAAUUUUCCGCCAAGCCAUGCGUUCGCCCAUCGUUCGUUUAGAAGUUGUUCCGGUGGUUAAUAAAGAUCGCUUCGAGAAGGGUGUGAUCAGUCACCUCUUCAACUCGCAAAACCGUGAUUUGUCCACACGCUCCAAGGACCCCCCGCCACUGAAGGUGAAGCCCAUAGUGCGACCUGUGGAAUCCUCUGUAGGAUGGCACGCCGAGCUGCAGGAGUCAAGCAGCAGUAUAGAGAGUCACUCUAUAGGAUCUUCACUACCCCUCAGCCCCACCCCCAGAGGACAGAGCAGCGAAAGCCCCCUCCUGAAAACAAGUGUGGGCGCAUCACCGCUGCAGAAUCCCUAUAGAAAGAGCGGAAAGAAAAUCAGAAUCGACCUGAAGAAAGGUCCUGAAGGAUUGGGCUUCACAGUUGUGACCAGAGAUUCUUCAGUGCACGGACCAGGCCCCAUCCUCGUCAAAAACAUCUUACCCAGAGGAGCUGCUGUUAAAGAUGGCCGCCUGCACUCGGGUGACAGGAUCCUGGAAGUGAACGGUGUGGACAUCACGGGCCGUACGCAGGAGGAACUGGUGGCCAUGUUACGCAGUACUAAGCAGGGUGACAGUGUGUGUCUAGUUGUGGUCAGACAAGAAGACAUGUUCCUGCCACGGGAGCUGAAAGAGGAGCAGGCACGUUUGCUCUGGUCUGAAGACGGGAAGGAGCAGCGGAUGUUUGAGGUCCCUCUCAAUGACUCUGGAUCAGCUGGGUUAGGGGUCAGCCUGAAGGGGAAUAAGUCUCGAGAGACCGGCGAGGACUUGGGCAUCUUCAUCAAGUCCAUCAUCCAUGGAGGAGCAGCUUUUAAGGAUGGACGUCUGCGUGUUAAUGAUCAGCUUAUUGCCGUCAAUGGUGAAUCACUCUUGGGGAAGUCUAACCAUGAGGCCAUGGAGACCCUGCGGAGAUCAAUGUCUAUGGAAGGGAAUCUUAGAGGAAUGAUCCAGCUGGUUGUACUCCGUGCUCUGCUAGCACCAAAUCAGGAGUUCCAGGAAACGCGGCGAAUUCUCAAUCGAUCCUUCGAUAGCUGCGUGGGACAGGCGGGGCACCUCGGCCAAUCGGACGGCGGCGUUCAGUCCCCCAUGAUGAUGAACAGCAUCUACGAGCGAUGUUCGGUUUCAAAUGGAGGAUACGGUCACGUGGAAGAGGGGGAAGAUGAAGGGUCGGCCGCUAAUCCGCACAGACAGGAGAGCCUGAAGCUCCACCAGAGUGUGCAUUCAGGUCUUGGUUCAGCUGACGUGUCUGUAAGUGAUGGAGGUCAGAAGGGUCGUAUGGAGCAUGUGAAGUCUUCUAAGAGCAUGGAUCUGGGAACAGAAGGGGUAGAGUUGGGACCCACGUUAGGUCUAAAGAAGUCCAGCUCUUUAGAGAGUCUUCAGACUGCCAUGACCGAGGCCAAGAAAAACGAGCUGCUGCCCUUCCACAGGCCCCGCCCUCACAUGGUUAGGGGGCGGGGCUGCAACGAGAGUUUCCGAGCAGCUAUUGACAAAUCUUAUGAUGGGCCGCCAGAGGAUGAUGACGAUGACGGUUCGGACCCAAGCUCUGGACGAGACACUCCAGCCAGCGGCUCAUCCAGACAGGGUGCAGGAGACAACGAUGACAACAAGAAGGACAAGAAGAAGAAGGACAAAGGAAAGAAGAAAGACAAGUUGAAAAGCAAAGGAAAAGAGAAGAAGAAAACAGACGAGGCCAAUGAUGAACUGGAUAAGAAGACCAAGAAGAAAGGUUUUGGAUUGCUAAGAUUUGGGAAGAAAAAAGAAGAAAAGGGAAAGACGGAGAUGAAAACGAAUGCACAGAAGCAGACGUCAGAAAUUCUGAGCGAGGACGAGCUGGAGAGGAUGAAGGAGGAGAGGGAAAGAAUCGAAGCCAAGCACCAGGAGCUGAGGGACCGGGAGGUUCAAAAUCGCUUCUGCCCACCUGACGUGGAGGAUGAUGAUCUGGACCCGAACUACGCCCGCAUCAACACCUUCAGGGAGCGCGGGUCACCUUCCCAGCCAAUCUAUGGGAACCGUAGCCCCUCCCCACAGAGACCCCCACCCCCGGUGUCACACAGCAGAGAUCCGUCCACAGGUGACCCUCUGGACGGUCUGUAUGCCAAAGUCAACAAGCAGCGAAACGCUCCGCCUCCUGCAGCAGACAACAGCAUGGAGCGUAUCCAGCAGCUGAGGCGAGAGUAUCUUCAGGCUCGUAGAGAAGGAGCAGCUCCUGCCUAUGAGGAGGUGGAGGCCCGGCGGAGAGGAACAGAGUACGACCCACACAGAAUGCCGGUGAGACACCCCGACCCCAGACUAGCACCCCGCUACGAAGAUGUAGAGCGACAGUACGCCUCCCUGCCCAGGAGACCACCAGAAGCUAAUGAGUAUCCACUGCAACCGUGGGCUGCUCACAGGGACCCCGCACACUACCCCCAGCCAGGCUACCACCCCAGCUACCCUCGCCCGGUGGACCCCCGGGUGGACUCGGGGUUCUAUCACCCUCCUCCACAGCAGAGGGGUCCGCUUCGGCAGGACGUACCCCCUUCUCCCACCGUUCCUCCCAGAGCUCCUCGGUACGACACCAUGAACCGCGGAGGCUACCGCAACACCAGUCCGGAGCGCUACGCGUACGGAGAGACGCGGCACUCGGACCCGAGACAGAAAAACCCAAUGACGGCAGCUGUUUAAACGUUUCGUCUCGAUUUGUGUGUACAGUGUUUAUGAAGCAAGCACCACUGUGCCAAUCGUGUGAAUACAAACAGGCAUUUACAUGUUUUUAUUAGCAAUUUUGCUGGAUCGUAUACUCUGUUUGCUGGACAAAGCUACGUCUUACAGCCACUCAUUAAUACGUUCUCCAGCUCCACUUUGUUUAAGAUUUAAAAGAAUCAAUUUAAUGUGUGCGUCUGUGUGUGUGUUGACAUCUUAAGAACGAAUGGUGUCCCACUCUCUAAGGUUUGGACAAUCAAAGUAUUGCGGUACAGUAGUUAUGUUCAAUAGUUAUGUUAGAGGCUGAUCUGUGAUGUCACUCUUUGACUCCAGAUGGCCACCAAUCACUUUGUGACUCUGCAAACGGCAGACUUGAAUGUUAAAUGUCACUUUAUAAGUAAAUAAUCAUCACGCUUCCAUAAUAAUACUUCAAGAAGUGUUUUGUUAAAACGGCACAAUGCGACAUUGUGCUCGGAACCGUCCUGCGUGUGACGUUAUGUAAACAGAAAGAUGAAGAGAACGAGCUUGUUUGUCAGGAAGAGGAAAGGAGGCUCCGAAGAACCUCUGACACAGAGGAAGGAUGAGAGAGGGGAAGAUAUUUACCCCCAUUAACCGUGCCCACCUGAAGCCACACCCAGUCUGGCACAAUUAAACAUCCAGGAUGGGCUGUCAGACUUUUUAACCUUAAAAAAAUGUAAUAGUUUUAGGGAAUCGCACUGUAGGUUUGCGGGAAAGGGUUGCCACUACAGUUUUGUACUCCAGUUUUAGUAUUAAGAUAUUCAUGUACUUUUUUGAUAUUAUUUCACUCCUGUUUUAAGGGAUAGUUUGCCCGAAAAUGAAAAUUGAUGCAUCGUUUACUCGCUCUCAUGUCAUGAGUUUCUUUCUUCUGCGAACACGAAGAAGAUAUUUUGAAAAAUGUCGGUAACCUUACAAUAUUGGCCUCUAUUGACUUCCAUUAUAUGGACACAUCCAUUCUCAAAAUAUCUACUUUUGUGUACUUCAGAAGAAAGAAUCAUACAGGGUUUGAAUGAGGGUGAAUAACCAAUGACAUAAAUGAUUUUUUAUGGGUGAACUGUCUCUUUAAUAUUUUUACAUUGUUUGGUACAAAAGGCUCUCACUGCCUUCAGAGUUUAGGUAACAGGAGAAGUAUUAUUGACUCUAGUUAUGCAAUUAUCAUGUCGAACACAUAUAUGUAGCAUUUACAAAAGAAAACGAUUUACGUAGUAUGACUGCAUACAUUAACACUAUGUAUAAACUUUAUAUAACACAUUUUCAAUAAAUAUGCAUUUGAAACAA